AUGUUAGCGUUCCAUCGAUUCGCGUCCAGUGGAUCAGAAGACAGUGAUGAGGAGGAGGAGGAGAAGGAGGAGACAGAAAACCAGUCGUCCAGUUUGAAACAGAAUACGCUGCAAUCGAUGCAAUUGCUGCCACAAAGUGACCAUUCUACGGCUUUACAGUCAAGUAAAACACAAGCUAAAAGCACGGAAAGCUCAGUGUCGCUGGUGGUAUUAAACAUCACUGUGACCGAUGAUCAGGGAGACAGCAUGUCGACAAUUUUACCCGUUAGUACGGCUUCACAAGACAAUAUGAGUGUUCUCCAGAUCAAGCUCGAUGCGAUCAGACAGAUGCAAGCUGAUUUACACCGGUCUGUCAAUUCCACACGUGAGCGUCUGCAACGCUUACUUGUGCAUGAAGCAGACAGGUUUAUCUUGUACCUUGAAAACGAAAAACAGUGGCUCAUCGACGAACAGCAGUCGAUUGGCCACUACAUUCUUGGCUGCACAAGUCGUGAAAUCCAUCUCGAGCUGGUACCAAUCAGCAGAAUGCCGCAGCCCACUAUUGAUCUGGCCAUUGUCGGGACCAAGAAGAAGAUUAGUGAUCUCUCACAGCGUCCGUACACUUGCUAUGUAAUCGACAUCAUUUUUAACGGCACUACGUGGCAACUUGCGCGACGCUAUAACGAUUUUAAUGACCUACAUAGCCACUUGAAGCGCAAGCAUCCUGAUAUCGAGCUACCUGGAUUGCCUUCGAAGCACGUGUUCACUCCGGUAGAAGGCGCACUUAUCAACCAUCGCAAAGAACAACUUGAAGUAUUCCUAAAGCAGCUGUUGCUCCAUCCUAUUGCCAGCACCGAUGUGCUGCUGAUGUCGUUCCUGGGCGUCGUGUCUGUCUCGCGCGACCCAGAACUUGGCCUUAGUGAUAAGCGCGUGAUUCACGUCACUUCACUACACGAUAGCGUUACUUGUGGCGAUGUUAUUUUGUUUUCGUGUCGAUUUGGAGCUAGUCGAUUGCAACGCAAGUUUACAGGAUCGAAGUACGAUCACAUCGGUAUCGUGGUGCCAGGUGAGUCACGGUUCCUCUUACAGAUAAUGGAGGCAACCUCGGAGGGUAUUCAGGUGCAUAAUUUGAAAACAAGACUCAUGGCCUACGCUCGCGAAGUGUCAAACUCAAUUGUUUUGCGGAAAGUAAAGACUGAACGCACUCCAGAGCUCAUUGCGUUACUGGAGAAAUUCAUCCGUCAUGUCGAGGGCAAUCCCUACAGCAUCUUAGGAAUACUUCAUUUCACUGGUGAAUCGGAUCGAGACAUGUUAGAUAACUCUGUAAGUGGUGCAAGUGCCGGCUGCGAAGAAGCUGAUGAUAUCGUAUCCGAUUUCGGUAGCAGUGUUAGCUCGACGCCAUCACCUAUGACAGAAGGUGUCGAUCUCAGCAAACCCCAGGAUGCGAAACGCAAAUAUUUUUGUUCCAGUCUGGUAGCAUCAGCGUGGAAAGAGUUAGGAUGGUUGCAGACAAAACGCAAGUCGACUUCGUUCUGGCCGGGAAGUUUCGAAGAUGGAGGAGAAGUUGAAAAAUUGUUAGCGCCGGGUGUUGUGCUAGCACCAGAGGCAGUAAUCGACUGUCGGAUAAUUGAAGUUGGACUAUCAGUGCAAUGUUAA